UUUAUAGCUGGAAUUACUUCGAUCGACGAGAAUGAAUGGCACCCUUAACUACACUGCACUUAAUGUCACGGAGAAGUACAACGACACCCAAGAUGGCGCGCCUCCCACCCAGCCAAUACACAAUUACGAAAACAUUAUCGACAACAAAUGGGUCCAGGCCAGUUUCUGCAUCGUUUACACCAUUAUAUUCGUGCUAGGGCUACUCGGAAACCUAUUGGUCUGCUACGUCGUAAUCCGAAACAGAGCCAUGCAGACAGUCACCAACUUGUUCAUAACCAAUCUAGCUCUUUCUGAUAUACUACUUUGCUUAUUUGCUGUCCCCUUCACUCCCCUGUAUUCGUUCCGGGGUUCCUGGAGUUGGGGCUCGUUAUUAUGCCACAUGAUGCCUUCCGCACAAGGUUGCAGCGUAUACAUAUCCACUUUAACUCUUAUGUCUAUAGCUAUCGAUAGGUUUUUUGUAAUUAUAUAUCCAUUCCGACCGAGAAUGAAAAUAGAGACUUGUAUCACGGUUAUUAUUAUGAUAUGGACUUUUUCGGUGACGGUUACGUUGCCGUACGCGAUAUAUAUGACGUACUACGAUUUGGAAAUCGGUAGAUUUUGUGAAGAGACGUGGCCGUCGGAGAAACUGCGACGCAUAUUCGGUUCGGUGACUUCUGUGCUGCAAUUCGUGUUGCCGUUCACAGUGAUUGCAUUUUGCUAUACGUGUGUCAGUUUCAAAUUGAACGACAGAGCGAAAGCUAAAGCGGCGAGCAAAAAUACAAGAAAGGAGGAGUUCGAUAAAAAUCGGAAGCGGCGCACGAAUCAAAUGCUCAUAGCCAUGGUGACGAUAUUCGGCUUGUCGUGGCUGCCUUUAAACGUUACAAAUCUAUAUAACGACUACUAUAUAUACGCAAUUCAUUCGCGCUUUUACUUUUUGAUAUUUUUCAUAUGCCAUGUGAUAGCAAUGUCUUCGACGUGUUACAAUCCGUUCAUAUACGCGUGGAUGAACGAGAACUUCCGCAAGGAGUUCAAGCAACUGAUACCGUGUAUAGAUACGGGGGGUCAGUUGCGAGGGAACAUACCGUUGCAGCAAUUAGGGGCUUGUCAAUCAGAGAAAACGUUCAAUGGGAACACGGCGACGGACAGUUUUAUGGGGUCGAGCUCGCAGAGGGGCACUUCAUUCAGGCAUAAAAGGAAGCCGAGUGCCGCCGCGGACGUUGAAAAGAGCGGCGUCGAAUUAAACGAGGACCUUUUGAAUGUGGACGUGAAACAUUGUCACAUUUCGACCAGUUACAACUUGAGAAGGGAGUCGGUAAAAUUGCGGCUUAUAAAUGAGGAGUCGUUUGAUGGCACUCCGACACAGAGUCAAUUCUAACGGUUGAUUGCCCGGGUGCGCUUUUGGAGACGUUCCCAGGUAUGAGACGAAACGAAUAUGGAGAGUUAUCUAAUAUUUUUAGAAUGUUUUUAUGAAGAAUUCUCCAACUCUGAAUACGCUUAUGAUUAUGGAUUUACAUUUUUGAAUUAAUAAUAUAAUAUAUAAGGAGUAUAGUAAGAG